UAGGUAUACUAUAAGCUUUAUUGUAAUGUACGAAGGAUUACAAUCCUUGAAGAAUUCGUAUCGGAAGUAGUACAAAAAUAGGAUUGCCAACAAUUUGAGUGACGUCACACGAUGGAGACUUCUAAAAUUACAUGAGAGCAGAUGAAAAAUAUUAUUUCACUUUUACGCUCCAAUUUUCAUCAAUUUAACAUACGUUUGUAACUGGGACGUUAUCCGACGCGAGUGCUAUCGAAUAGAAUAAUUUCGAGUCGAUACAGUGCGGUGAUAUCGUAGAUUGUUGCUUUGGUUACGAGAAUAUUUUAUUAUAUCGUGAUAAUAAAAAUGCAAAGGAGGCGACCAUCCAGACUAAAAACGAACUAAACAAAUCAAAAUGCCAGUAGUUUCACCGUCUAGAUACACCCCGACCUCCUCUACUCUUACGGGGUCUUACCGCUCGACCCUGACCUCUUCCUCCAGCAUAGACAAGCCCUACUACAGAACUAGCAGUGGUACCUACGUAACGUCCACAUUGAGAAGUAGUUAUGGAGACAGGACCACAGAGUACAGGUCGAGGUACAGCGAAGUCGAUGGUAAGAGGGAGAGGAAGACAUCCUUAGUGGAAUAUUCCAGAAAUAGCAGAGCUCCAAGUGUGACUGAAUCUGAUAGUGGUAGAUACAGGUCUGAGCGAAGCGAAUCCAGAUCUAGAGAUGUAUCGACGACGAGGAGCGAAAGUUCCAGAACAUCAGAUCUUAAUCGCGGUAAAAGGAAUAUCAUAAGUACAGCGGCACUGGCGAUGUCGACCGCGGAAUUAUAUAAUAAGUAUUCCCCAGCUAACUACGUCCCUCUAACUCAGAGGAUACAACAGCAAAGUCAGAAUAAUUACGGAGAGAUUUCUAGAUCUAAGUCGAUCUCGAACGAUAUCGGCAGACCACCGGCGCCUGACUGCAGAUCUAGGAAGCCUAGGAAUUCAGCGGCCACGAUAACUGAGAAACCGGAAGGGAGAUGGUAUAAGGAUAGCUCGCCGACAAGCUACAGCAAGCGGAACUCAAUGUCGAACGGUGUUAAGGACAGCAAUGGUAAUGAGGUACCUUCUGUAUCUGAUAUACGGAAGAGAUUCGACCCUAAGAUGACAGUUACGAAACUACCCGCAAACGACACGAGGUAUGCCUCAAAGACGGUCGAGCACUACCUCAAUCAGCUGAAGGAUUGCGAGAAUGGUUCAGUGGGGUACACGAAAAUUAGUCCUAAGGAUGAUCAACCAGUACCGGUUCACCUCCCUUAUUCUGAGAAGAAUGGUAUACAUAGAUGGGAAGGUUCGCCCACUUCUAGGUCCAAUUCUAACUCUGAUCUGACUAUUAGCAAAACUAUAUCUGAACCAGUGUCUCUAGCUAAACCGUCUGUAGAUAAGAGUAAUAAUAUGACCACAUCCCUGACGGCUAAACUUCCAUCCGAUAGACUAGCUAGUAUCAAAAGCCAGUUAGACCCCAAUAAUCCGAUCGGGAAGAUUCUAGAAAAGUCGACAGUUAUCCAAGUAGAAAACGGUGAUGCAGAUCAUUCUGAGCGUAGGAAAAUACGGAACAGUCCUGAGACUAAAAUAAAAGAUUUGAAAAGCGAUAUAGAAAAGCAAACUAAGACACCUAAACAUACGACUAAUUUCGCUUCUUACAUACAAAUAUCGCAGCCUGUAGCGUCUGGCGCGACGCCUAAAACUAAACACGCUGAUAGUGACGAAGCUAAAAAGGAACCUAAAAAGUCUCUCAAUUAUAUCGAUUCCGAAGAAGAUCGCUUAGUCCUAGAUAAUGAUAUUGAAUCUCCAAGCGGUACUGGGUUUGAAAAUAAAACGUUCGAACACGAGAACUACCUCAAGAAGAGAACAGAAAAGAGUGAAUCUGAAGAUCUAGAAAAUGGCGUCAAGUCGAUGGAGACUAGCACCGAGAGCACUAUCAGCGAAUCCACAGAAGAUUCCAGUCCAGAAACUCCAUCUUCUAGAAGAAAGAUCCUGGACAUUAAGGAUUACGACAGCGUCAAAACGGAGUUGGCCGGCGGUAAGAGCGGACCCAGCGGCUUCCGCCGGAGCAGCGAGAGAUCUGACAUAAGCGAGCGUAGCGAGAAGUCGUCCAGUCAUUCGAGUGGUCUGAACGGUCUCCGGAACAUCGGGAACACGUGUUUCAUGAACAGCGUGCUGCAGUGCCUCUCGAACACCAGACCCUUGCUGGAGUACCUCACUGAGGACAAAUACGCGUCCGAGAUCAACACAACACUCUCCUGUAUGAAGGGCGCUCUCAUGAAAGCGUUCGCGAGUGUGAUAAAGGAGCUGUGGCGCAGCGGGGAGCGCGACGCGGUGGUGAACACCACCAGCCUCAAGUCGCAGGUGCAGCGGUUCGCGCCGCGGUUCAUGGGCUACAGCCAGCAGGACGCGCAGGAGUUUCUCCGUUACCUGCUGGAAGGUCUGCACGAGGACGUGAACAGAGUGACCGUGAAACCGAAGCCGAUAUUAACGGAAAUCGAUGACAAUCUCAGUGACGCAGCGAAGGCCGCCGAGGCUUGGAACCGCUACCUUCGUACUGAAGACAGUCGAGUGGGAGACAUCUUCGUCGGCCAGCUCAAGAGCACCCUGCGGUGUACACACUGCAGGCACGACUCCGUCACCUUCGACCCCUUCUGGGACCUCAGUCUGCCCAUACCCUCCCGGACGGGCAACCUGAAGCUGCAGCAGUGCCUGCAACACUUUGUGAGGGAAGAGGAGUUGGACGGCGACGAGAAACCGACAUGUUCGAAGUGUGGAGUUCGUCGCAAGUGCCUCAAGUGGUUCACGGUGCAGAAGUUCCCGCAAGUGCUAGUGCUGCACUUGAAACGGUUCUCGCCGACGGAGCGGUUCCGCGGCAAGCUGUCGGUGGAGGUGCAGUUCCCGCUGGCGGGGCUGGACAUGGCGCCCUUCGCCGCGCCCGCGCCCGCGCCGCCCGCCGCCACCUACAACCUGUACGCCGUCAGCAACCACUCGGGCACGACGUACUCCGGCCACUACACGGCGUACUGCAAGCACCCCUACACCGGGGACUGGCAUGAGUACAACGAUUCGCGCGUGUCCACGAUCUCGGCCCGCGACGUGGUGUCCGCGGAGGCCUACGUGCUGUUCUACGAGCUGGCGCGCGCGUAGCACCCGCGAAAAGAACGCGGUACGACCGCGUCCGCCGAGCGACGCGCCAGUCGCCGGCACGUGAAGUGAAUAUUUACAUAAUAAGGUCGAGUAAUAAACGUAACUAAGGGAAUAAUGUUUAAAUAUAUAGGCCUUAUUAAUGCCGAAGAUAGGCUGAUUUAAUGCACACGAUAGGCUAUUUUAGUGCUAUGUAUAGACCUUAUUAGUGCACUCGAUAGGCUAUAUUGUAGCACAUGUGUGGAACAUGAUAUUCGGUAUUGAAAUUGUUCUGUACGUGAUUCAUUUUUAAUUGUAAAAGUAACGACAGGCCUUGUUAAGUUUAUUUGAAAUUGUGAUCCUGUUUGCGUGAUAACGCCGUAAAUUAUUGUAUUUUAUUUUUCGUAUCUUUCUUUACAAGUACAUUUGCAGUAGCCAUUUUUUGUAAUUUUAAAACGCCUAUUAUAAAUCAAAAUCAUAAACCUAUAAUAGACCAGGGUCGAUAAUUUUGAGACUAAAAAUUUUUAACUCCCACAGAAAAAAUUUGACUCACGAAAUUUCGUGUAAAUUAACCUUUUUAUAUCCUAAAUACUUAUUAAUAUCUUAUUCCCCUAUUUUGAUUCAAUAUCAAAGAAGUAUAAUUUUCAAUCGAUAAUCCUCACAUCAAAAUAUCAUCUGCUUUAUCAAAUUAAUCGGAUCGCCUUUUCUUCUUCGGAAUCUCUUUUCGAUGGUAUUUAAAAAUAUGUACAAUACUAUGGAAAAAUUGUCGCGAAAAAACACGAAUUCUAAAAUUUGUUCAAUCAACCACUUGUUAAAUUUUGAUCUAAUUAUUAAAAUGUUACGCUUUAAUUAUUUGAAAAAUGAAAGUCUUCAUAAAACAGUGUUAAAUAUACAUAUAUUCUUUUCUAUUUUUAGUUUUAAGCCAUGAUACACACAGAUUCAGAAUGUAGAUUAUGUACAGAUCGGGAUCGGGAAGAAACUCCGCAGUUACUUUUAAUCUUGCAAUUUUUAGAAUCUUGAACUAAAUUGUAAUUUAAACAUUAUUCCCAUAGUAUGAGAAAUAUGAACAAA